ACAUCCUGUCGGAGGGGUCGACUGUUGCGUGUGUGCGUGUGAAGGUUUAUGGGUCAGCUGCUGCUGUUGCUGCAUCGCUGGAAAAAGGUGGCCAUGGUCUCGGCGUGGGAAAAGAAUCGUGGGUCGGAACCGACGUCUGGUUUGGCUGUCGCCGGGACGGAAGAUGCAUCGGCGUGCGCGCGUGCAAGUGAGAGGUGCGCAACGUGAACACGAGGGGUCCCUCGAGAGAAAGAGAGGUGCGGGAAUUUGGUUAAAUUGUUAAUCAUGAUAAUGUUUAUAAUGUGCCGCGGCAUGUGCAACCGAGAAUGCGAACAUCGAGUGAGUCGUCGACGUGCGAGCCGGCAUUCUCGUCUCGCAUGCCAUCGGUGUCGGAGCUCACUCACUUCUGUGGAGUUCGGUUGCAUAGUUUGGACACGCGAAUGCAGAUUUCGUGUGUCAACUCCCUACUAAUCGAAGCGAUGAGAACUACGGCGGAUCGAACGGAUGUUUUCAACGGAUCAGAAGAACCCAGGAAAGGAUCAUCUCAUAGUGUACAGUGAAACAUUUCCCGGAAGUGGAAGAACUGCAGUUCGGGCCAAAGGAUUCUGCAAACCAGCGAUCGAAAUGGCCAACCCAAGCAAGCUGAAUUCGCACGAUCGGCAGGACGAUUACGCAUCCGAGAGCUACUUGCGAAGGAUCAAGGCUGAGAUACGAAAGACUAAUAAACCCAUUAUGGAAAAGAAACGCCGCGCUCGCAUCAACAACUACUUGAACGACCUCAAGGGAUUGCUGCUGGACGCGAUGAAAAAAGACCCCGUGCGCCAUUCGAAGCUGGAAAAGGCGGACAUCCUCGAUCUCACGGUCAAACACCUGCAGGACAUCGAGCGUCGCCGUCUGUCUGUAGCGAUGGCCGUUGACCCAACGGUGCCGGAAAAAUUCGCCACCGGAUACCGCGAAUGUAUUGACGAGAUAGGCCUCUAUUUUGAUUCGCUUGGCUCGGUGGACGAAGGAUUGAAAAAGCGCGUACGCAAACACCUCGAGAGCUGUCUGGCCUUCCCUAUGGGCAAAGCACCCUUCCCAGGCUUUGGUUUUGCCGGUGUACCGUUGCAACCUCCGGACGACAUCAACAACAACACACACGGGCUGCUGAAUCGGACCUUCGCCAACAACCUGUCGCUGAUGUUUCCCGCGGGCAUUCCUUUUCCCACGGGAGAACCAUCUUCGGUGCCACCAUUCCAGCCGUUUCCGUUGUUCACUUCACUGCGGAACACCUCGGAUGGGAUGUCUUCUUCAACCUUCCCGCCUCCGAGAAAGGAUCCACCCACGGAUAGAUCCUCCCCGAGCGUGCCAAGUCCACCGGCAAGCCCAACCCCGGCACAUCACGAUGAUUCCGAUGACGAUGAGAAAGGAACGACGACACUACGGACUCCGCUGGCGAAAGUUGCAGGCACACUGAGCGAUCACAACAUGGACCGGUUGCUGGCCAUCUUUCCCACGCCACCUUCGCCGGAAGAUCAGCCGGUACGGAGCCGUCUCGGCAAGCUGGGGCACAAUUUCGGCAGCUCUCCCUUCAUGCCAACGAGCUUACGGUCUUUUGCGGUGCGGGACGAUCCGGUUGACGACGACGAACGGCAGCGGCGUGCCGGUGAGAGCAGCCAGGGCGAGCAAAAGGAACACUCGGCAGCGGCGGAGGACGACGGAAAGGAUAAUCCGGCAAACGGUGAAAUGUGGCGGCCCUGGUGAUGAAAGGGCGUAUUUUGCACGAUCCGAUUUCGAAUGAGAGCUUUAACACGAUAAACCUGAUGACAAUAUGCUUUAAAUACACUUGUAAGGGCCACGGGAGACGAAUUUCUAGGUUAAGUACGCCCCAGGGAAGCGAUAAAGGGCCGCGUGUUCGCGAAACGGGCGUGGGACGCGUAUAAAGAUUAAAAUGUAGGUUAUUUUUGCCCUCGUGAUGGCCACGAACGAUCAAAUA